AUGUCUCACCAGACCUUCACCAGGGAGGAGGUUGCAAAGAACAACACCGAGGACUCUCUCUGGUUUAUAAUCGACAGCAAAGUCUACGAUGUAACAGAUUUUAUCGAUGCCCACCCAGGUGGAGAGUUCGUUCUCAAGCAAGUGGCAGGUGCCGACGCGACCGAGGCCUUUUACAACUUGCACCGUCAAGAAAUCCUGCAAAAGUACUCAAGCCUAUGUAUCGGCACUAUUUCAGGCGAGACACCCAAAGUAAUCGAGCACAAUCCUGGAGAUCUAAGCGUGGUCCCGUAUGGAGAACCUACAUGGCUCACCCCACAGUUCAAAAGCCCUUAUUACAAGGAGAGCCAUAGGAAACUACAGAGGGCGAUGAGGAUAUUUGUCGACGAGGAGGUUUAUCCCGUUGCACAGGAGUGUGAGAAGGAUGGGAAGUUGAUCCCCCAGGACCUGAUUGAUAAGAUGAGCAAAAAGGGGAUCUUGCAUAUGCGGAUUGGACCGGGGAAGCAUAUGCAUGGUGUGAGCUUGAUGGAUGGGGUGAUGAAGGGGGAGGAGUUUGAUUAUUUCCAUGAUUUGAUUGUUGCGCAGGAGUUGGUCAGGGCUAAUGCUAGGGGUUUCCAAGAUGGGAAUAUGGCUGGCAUGACAAUAUCGCUUACCGCCGUCCUCCAAUUCGCAAACAAUGAAGAGUGGAAGAACAAAAUCGCUCAAGAGGUCUUUUCUGGCAAGAAGAAGAUCUGUCUUGCUAUUACCGAGGCCUUUGCUGGUUCCGACGUAGCCGGUAUCAGAACGACUGCUGAGAAGACACCCGAUGGCAAACACUACAUCGUUAAUGGAACGAAAAAAUGGAUUACGAAUGGUGUUUUCUGUGAUUAUUUUGUCACUGCUGUUAAGACCGAUAAGGGCCUUUCUGUUGUGCUGAUCGAGAGGCAGGAGGGAGUUGAGACUGAGGCUAUCAAGACUGCGUACUCCCCUGCCGCAGGAACAACGUUCAUAACCUUUGAUAAGUAUGGACUCCUUGGUUUAAACCCUUUAUCUUCGGGUCAGACCAACGAAGUGGAUAAAGGGCCUUCAAGAAUUAAAAUGCUAACCUUGCACAGCGUGAAAGUUCCCGUUGAAAACCUCCUUGGACAAGAGAAUAAGGGCAUGCAUGUCAUCUUGUCGAACUUCAACCACGAGAGGUGGAUGAUGGUCUGUUCCGUUAAUCGGAUGAGCCGGCUGGUAACAGAGGAGUGUCUGAAGUGGAGCAACCAGCGAUUAGUCUUUGGGAAGAAAUUGACCGACCAACCCACCAUCCGACAGAAGCUUGCAAAAAUGAUAUCUCACUGCGAGGCCAACCAAGCCUGGUUGGAGAACAUAACUUACCAAAUGACGCUCAUGCCAUACUCUCAACAAGCCACGCAUCUGGCUGGGCCAAUUGGCUUGUUGAAAAUGUUUGCGACUCGCUCCGCACACGAGAUUGCCGAUGAAGCGGUGCAGAUCUUUGGUGGAAGGGCCUUGACGCGGACGGGAAUGGGUGCUACGAUUGAGAUGUUCCAUAGGACGUACAAGUUUGAUGCUAUUCUGGGAGGUGCGGAAGAGAUUCUGGGAGAUCUAGGAGUGAGACAGGCUCUGAAGAAUAUGCCGAAGAGCAUGUUGUGA